AUUUGCGGCUUCUUCAUGAAAUGUUGUUUAGUAAAUCUGCUUUACUUCGAUGUGUGAACUUAUUGAAUUUGCCGCUUAUCAUGACAACCUAUGGGAAUAAAAAAUGCAAAGAGAAAUCUGAGUUUAUAUUACUUUUGAUUAACAUGUAACAAAUGCAAUUUUUAAUCAUUGUCAUAUGUCCCUAUGCCUAUUAAUAUAAGUAUGUUAAAAACAAUCGCAUGCCAAAGUGAAACCAACUUAACCAAUAGACAAUUUUCAAAAAACUUAAAUAACGACAAUUCCGAUUACAUCUUUGUUUUGGUAAGAACAGCCGAAGACGAUUGCAUUGUUUCUCGCUAAUUGUUUAAUACAAUGCUCAUAUUGCACGUUUGCGUGUAAUGUAUUGUUUGAACCCAACAAGCUGUAGAAAAUGUAUCAUAUAAAAUAAUUUGUUAUGGUUCCUCCAGUUGUCAGUAGUAAAUAUAUUUCAGACCAGUGUAGUUAAGUUUUCGAAAACAAAAGUGAAAAUAAGAGUGCUGGAUAAAAUCGAAAUGUAUUGGAAUCUUUCAGUUUUGGUUUUUAUGGUUUUAACUUUAAAUGUGUUUGGAUCGCCAAAAAAAUACCAAUCUGAAGACGGGUUCAGCCCUGAUCACAGAUACUACGAAUCUGACUUACCUUAUCAGAAACUUUAUAAAAAUAAGACGUAUGUUCCACAAAAUCCCAUAGCUGAAAAUAAAAAAGACUACAAUGCGAAGGAGUCGAGAUUUGGAGCUAUUUCGUAUGGAACUUCCGGAAAUGGGUAUGGAGGCUCUGGAGGUAACGGAGCGGUUAAUUAUGGCUCCAUGAAGUUGGACAUUGGGGGCGUAGCUCUAGGAGCACUUAUUGGAUUGGGAGCUAUUUUAAUAAUUCCUAAAAUAGCUCAAAUCUUUUCUGGAGCUCAUGGUGGUUAUGGAAGAAGUCUAGAAGAUGAAAUGUCUUCGGUGACCAACAUACUGUCCAAAAUAGAUAAUUCUUUGGCAGCGAAUAACAUAGAUAGCACAUCUUGCUCCCAAAGAAUUAUGUGUAACAUUGUAAAUGACGCUGUAAAGAACCAAAAAACUGGGGAAGCAAGUAGUGUGGAUGACUUCGUCGUUUCAUUUACCAAGAAUCCGAUAUUUUCAUACAUCGCGAAUGGAACAGCGAUAAAAGACGCAGYUGAAAUUGGAUGGUCUCAAGAUGUAGAAAAAUGCGGAACCACAUAUUUCAAAUGCCCCUUAACCAGAGAGAAUAUUAUGAAAGUAAUAUCCGGCAUAAUGCCAAGCAACUAAUUGCAAUUAUUUACAAGUUUUUAGAUAAUAUAUUAUUUAUUUCGCAA